AUGAUUGUGGAGAUACACCUGGCAGAUGCAGACAUGUGCAGCAUCAGCAAUUCCAGUGAGGAGCAUAUGGAUUGUACAGGAAGCUGGUCUGAGUUAGAUGAUGAGCUUGAAGAAGCAGAGAAUGAGUCACAGAGUGCUACUUAUGAGUUUGACACAGAUUUGAUUGAUGGAGACAAGGAAUUAGAUGAAGAGGCUGAUGAUAACAAGGAUGGUUCAGUGUUGGAUGACGAGCACAAGGAGCAGUUGUUAUUGGAUGACAGCUCAGAAGAGGAAGGCUUACAGGAUGAACUAGAUGAUGCCAUUCUUGGUGCUGAGGAUGGAGAGGGUGCUGUGGAUACUGAAGAGGAUUAUAGUGACUAUGCUAAUACUUUGGCAUCUGCGAGCCUUGCAAUGCCUGGUGUGAUGCCUGUAAGGCCUGUAGCCACAUUUGGAACUCUACCCCAGACUUGUGGCAUCUGCCAAGGCCUUGCUGAAUGUUGUGUCAAUGAAUGGGUUGACGGCGAGUGGAUAGAUAUUAGUUUUUUGUGUGGUGAGUAUAAGGAGGCAUAUGACAAGCACCUUGCUAACCUCAAGAAAUUCAAUGCGCGAAUGAAGGACCAUGCAUACUUAAUGUACAGAAUCCAUGCAAAAGUAGAUGUGGCUGAUGUUGGAGAAAGAGACUGUCUCUUGGAUGAUGAGAUUCACAAUGCCAUUCAUGAAUACCAGCAGGGGAGUGGUGUGAAUGAGACCAAUGAUGAGGACUCGGAUGAGGAUGGUAAUCAAUCUGAGCACAACAGAUACGAAGACAAGUAG